UGCAAGAAAGAAAGAAGUCAGUGGGCAUGGAGUUGCAGUUGUUCGCGAGGCCGCCUUCUGUUCUUGGAGAUCGUGAACCCAAGAAAGAAGCAGAUGAUGAGAUGAACGGGAAAAAGGAUCAGAAGCAUGAAUCCGUCAAAGCUGAGGUGAGUAAGGCAAAAGAAGAGAAUGAGAGGCUGAAGACGAUAUUGUCACGUACACUAAAGGAUUAUCAAGCGCUGCGGAUGCGUUUCUUUGACAUUAAUGACCAACAGGAAGGAGCUGCCAAGAAAUCCUCAGAGCCUAUUGGCACUGCUGCCACAAUUUUCAGCAGUUCGGGGAAUGAUACUGAAGAGACAGAGUUGAUUACUUUGAGUCUUGGGAAUAAUCCAACCGCAGCUCAGAAAGAGGAAGAGAAGGUGAGCAACAAGAACAGUGAGAAAAUGGGUGAUGCCCAUCUGGAAGAAGAGUUGGACCUUGGGCUGGCCUGCAAGUUUCAGAGGAAAGAUCAGAGUCCACAGAAGAGUUGUGAGGAAGACAUGGCAGAGGGAUGGCCGCCAAGCAAGUUGUCGAAGGCACCUAGAAGUUCAGAAGACGAUUUCCAGCAACAGGCGUACGCCAAGAAAGCAAGAGUCUCUGUAAGGACAAGGUGCGACACACCGACGAUGGCAGAUGGAUGCCAAUGGAGGAAAUACGGGCAAAAGAUCUCAAAAGGCAACCCAUGCCCAAGAGCGUACUACAGAUGCACUGUGGCACCAUCAUGCCCAGUUAAAAAACAGGUUCAAAGAUGUGUAGAAGAUAUGUCUAUACUGAUAACCACAUACGAAGGAACCCACAACCACCCACUACCAGUUCAAGCCACUGUCAUGGCUUCCACCACUUCUGCUGCAGCCCGCAUGCUGAUGUCGAGCUCCUCUAUUUCGACAUCCGGGACUUCCAAUUGUGCCGGUUUUACGAUAGAUCUCUCCGAUCAUAAGUCGAGAUCAAGUCCUUUCUAUCUUUCAAAUCCUGCCAUUUCAACACCCCCUUCUUACCCAACAAUCCCAUUGGAUCUCACCUCCACAUCCUCUUCUCACCACUUCAGUAGCCUUCCAUCAACUUUCUCCUCUGUGCCCAAGCAUUAUCCCGCAAUUGGUCUCUCAAACAUCACCCUCUCUUCAGAUCUGAGAUGCCAUCUUCCUAAUUCCUGGAAUGCCAGCACUGGCUGCUUCAACAACAACGGCCCCCAACAAUUGAGCAACGGCACAGCCAUGCCAUCAGCUCUAGCAAGGCCUCCAUAUGAAGAAUUCUGUCAGACCAAUCUUCAGAAGCUCAGUCCGUCGUCAUCAACAUCUAUGUCAUCAUCUCAGCAGCGCUUCUCUGGGACCAUUGAUGCCGUCGCCAAGGUUAUUACAUCGGAGCCUAGCUUCCGAUCGGCACUAGCAGCAGCAAUCAUCUCCGUUGCUAGUGGCAGCAACGAUGGCUCUCAUCUGCUCCAGCGCAAAGACGAGACUGUGGCUCAAAAUUUGGAGCGGAAGCAGCAGCUUUUGUCAUUCAUGGCUGCUUCUUCAUCAGCAGGAGGUGGGUCAGGUUAA